AGAGAACGACAGACGAACGGCUGGGAUGUUUUCAAAACCAGCGAUGAACGUCACACAGCCGUAGGCUACGGUUAACGUCCAAUAUUUAGGAAAUAACCGUUAAUUUUGCGCAAUAUUCACAAAUAGAGAAACGUGAAUGAAUCACCGGGCCGUGUAACCCAGCUUAAAGGUGCAUGAUGAACCGACUGUACUGUAGCUGUCUAAGCUAGUCAGGUGCCACACCAUGGCCAAACCUGGGAGCGACCGAGAUGGAGCCAUGGUGGAUAAGCAGGCGGGGAAGAAGAGCAAAGACAAGUUGUCCCCUUUCACCAAAACUCCAAAGUUGGACCGGGGUGAGUUACUGGGGAAGGAAGGGAAAGCCAAGUCUUCCAUGAAGCGCAAGCUCUCCUUCACCACAAGUCCGCCCCGGACAGAGGAGCGGGACUCAGACACCGAUGACUCAGACCCAGGCCAGUCGAGUGAGACCUGGGGAGAGAGAUUAGUGCCUCCCUGCAGGAUAUACGCAGAUAAAGAUGGACCAGAUAAGAAGAAGCUGAAGAAGGAAGCUGGGAGCAAAAAGUCCCAGGCACCUAACCUUUUGUUUGGGUAUCCACUGUCGGAGCGCAAGCAGAUGGCUCUCCUCAUGCAAAUGACUGCCAACAGUCCAGACUCCACACCGAGUCACCCGUCACAAACAACCCCUGUGCAGAAGAAAGUCCCCAGCAGCGCCUCGUCUCGACAAAAAGACAAAGUCAACAAGAGGAACGAGCGCGGGGAGACUCCCCUUCACAUGGCAGCAAUCCGGGGAGAUGCCAAGCAAGUUAAAGAGCUCAUUAGCCUCGGAGCUGAUGUCAAUGUCAAAGACUUUGCAGGCUGGACUCCUCUUCACGAAGCUUGUAAUCUUGGUUACUAUGAUGUGGCCAAAGUUUUGAUAGCAGCAGGCGCAGAGGUGAACACGCAGGGUUUGGAUGACGACACGCCACUCCACGACGCUUCCAGCAGCGGGCACAAAGACAUUGUGAAACUCCUCCUUCGUCAUGGCGGUAACGCCUUCCAAGCCAACAAGCGUGGUGAGCGGCCGGUGGAUGUGGCCGACUCUCAGGAGCUGGAACAGCUCCUAAAGGGAGAGGUGCCGCUAUCUGAUCAAGACGACAGCUCCUCAGAAUCUGAAGACCCACCAUCUGUUAAUCCGUCCAGUGUGGACGACAACAUGGAGGAUUCUGACACCGAGAAGGACUCGGAUGGCAAACCUGCCACGAAAGCAUCGUCGUCCGUGCCAGGGCUGGACGAGUAUGAGUUUAAGGAUGAGGAAGAGGAGGAGGAUUUCAGUAAAGCUCUGAACGACAGGCACAUCCUCAGGAGGGAACUGCGGCAGCGAGAGAAGGAGGACAAAGAUAGGAAUCACGUGGCGGGAAAGCAGAGCAGCAAAGGGGAUUCUUCCUCCAAGUCCAAAAAGCAAAAGACGUCUCGCGUGCACUGCAACUCUGACACUUCCAGCGACGAAAUGGAGAGCUUGUCGGAAAAAAGAAACUCGCCCACCUGCUCUCAGAGCUCAGAGAGCCACAGGCCAGACACGAGGUCAAAAAAGGACAAUGUUGAACAGAAAGAGAAAGGCAAAGUAAAGAGGAAGAGUAAAAGCCAGAAUAAAAACAAGGAAAACCAAGAGGAUGGGAAAGAGAACAGUAAAACUUUAGUCCUGUCUCUUGCAACUGUAUCUGAGAGCACCGAAAAGGGUCGGGAAGAGGACUCCUUCAAGAUGUCUUUCAGUCCUAAAGAUGACUCUUCCGUCCACCUCUUCCAUUUGUCAUCCAUCAAAUCACCAAAACUGAACCACAGCCUGGCAGAUAAACAAACGCCACUCAAACAGGAAAAUACCAAGACGUGCGUUUCCAUCAGCGACGGCUCGUGUCCGAUCGACGGUGUUAAAUACAACCACUACACAGAUGCAGAUUACUGCACUGAAAGCUCCAGCACCAAGGGGUGUAAGCACAAGGAAAAAAGCAAGCAUCAACAGAAAGACUGCAAUGUGGAUGGAGACGACGGUCAUAUGAGCCCCUACAAAGACGGCGGCAUAGGAAACAGUAUGGACAGCUGUGAAGGUGCCUUACGGAAGACGGAUUUAGAUGGCAAAGUCGUGAAGAAGCAUAAGCUGAAACACAAGGAGAAGGAUAAACACAGGAGGGAGUACGAGGCCGAGAGGAACCGCCACAAGCAAAAGGAGGCCAGGAAAGACGGCCACAGGAAUUUGGAGUUUGACAGAGAGUUCUGGAAAGAAAAUUUUUUCAAAAGUGAUGAGACAGAUGAUCCUCUGGGAGCGAAAAAGGAAGGCGAAGACAACAGCUCGCUUCAGAAGUCGGCUGAUUCCUCUCCUGUUAAAGAUGAGAGAAACGUGAAGGAGAAACACCCCGGCGGCAAGGAAAAGAAGCCCAGAGAGGAGCGAGAGAAAGACAAGGUCAUGAAAAAAGAGCGAAAGGAGGUUGCCAGUAAAGAAGAGAAGGUGAAGGAUUCAAAGCUGAAUGAGCAUGACGAGAAGGUGGACUGUCACAGCUCAGGGCGGCUUCCAGAGGAGUUGAUGCAGAGCAACAGCAUGAAAGAAGAGACGGAAGAGAAACCCAUAAGUGGAAUCACAGCUGAUCAGGAACAGCUGGAGCCUUCUGAAAAAGGCUCACGUGAGAAACCUGACAAGAGGCUCCCAGGAAAGGAUAAGGACUCAGAAAAAAUGGAGAAAAGACAUCCUGACAAGGAAAAAAAGAUCAAAACCGAGCACUCUGACAAAGCAGAACCACAGAAUUCAGUGGACCGUUGGAAAGAAAAAGAGAGAACAGGAGCUAUUUCUUCCCUCUCACCCGGAGAUAAAAGCUACAGAGAGAAUGAAAAACUGAAAUCUUUAUCCACAGCAAAAAAGCAUGACGAUGGCAGGAAAAAUAAAGAUAAGUUUGACAAGCGAGCAGACAGAGAGUAUGGUGCUGGAGAUCACAAAGAAAAAGAUCGUGGAAACACUGAUAGGAGAGGAAAACCUCUGGAGAAGAUCACAGAUCACAGCAAAUCUGAUCGCGCUAAAGAAAAGGACUGCGACAGGAAAAAGAGAGAUAAGAUAAAAGAUGGAAGUCUUUCCUCCAGCUCCAAUCUGAAGUUACUUUUAGAGGAGAAGAAGAGUUAUCUCUCUGAGAGCAGCAAGGUCUUGACCCCAAAAUCAAAGGAGGAAGUUGUUAGAACUCCAGAGAAAGACCGUGACCGGCGGGACCGAGACAGAGACUCAGAGAGACACAAAGACAAGGACAAAGACCGCCACAAAGACCGCUCCCAGCAGGCUAGGAUCAGCAAGACCAAACCCAGCGAGGGGGAUGCAGACAAGACCAAAUCAAAAGCUCCUUCAGCAACACGAGACGGCAAGCCCAAAGAAAAACGACUUGUGAAUGAUGACCUGAUGCAGACCAGCUUCGAGCGAAUGCUCAGCAUGAAGGACCAAGAGAUUGAGCUGUGGCAUCGGAAACAUAUGGAAAAAAUCAAGCAGAAAGAGCGGGAGAGGCUUAAACAGCGGCCUCCAGCUGAUCCAGGGAAGUCCAAACCUAAGGAUAGAACCAAGCCAGAUCCAUGUUUAAGUAAGGAGCUAAACCGAUCAAAAAGCUCUGAAUCAUCUGACGUUCAUAGCAAAGAGAAAUCCCUGAAGGAUGGCACGAGUCCCAGAUCGUUGUCUCUUGAUGGGAAGAGUCUGCCCGCUAUCGGCGCUAAAGUCAUGUCCGCAGUGGAAAACUGUCUGAGCAGAUCACCCCGGCCAGAUGGGGAACGUUGUGGCCUCAUGUCAAGGUCUGUGUCCUUAUUAUCUGUAGCCAGCUCCGAGGAUUCCUGCCAAGCCACAACAUUAACACCAAGAGUCACCGAGUACGACUCUGAUGUGAACUUGGAAGCCUCGGACUCCCAGCCCGCAUUUCUCCAGUCUUCCCUCGUCAUCCAAGCCGCCAGGUCGCCAUCUGUACAUGACAAAGAUUGCAACAGUCUUCCAGAUGUCCCCCAGAGUAACCGGACAUUGCUGUCGGGCAGACACGAAUCCCCGUAUCUCAGGGCAAUUCUGGACGAGGACACCAAUUCAUCAUUGGCCGAAGCAAAAGCUGUUGACCAGCUCAGUUCUGGCUUGACUGUCAUCACAGAAGAGGAGCUGAGAAACAAAGACGUCUCAGAACCUGAUGAAAGCAUCGAGAAUCAACAAUAUUCAAAUCCAGUUUCUGAUCCAGUCACAGAUGGGGAAGGGAGCACAUCUGAAUGCUUAACAACACAGCUGUUAACCAGAGAUCUUCCAUGUAAAAACCCCACACUUCCACAGUGCAGCGCCUCUCAAACGGGUUCAGCAGAGCUGAAAACUCCUCCUUUCUCUGAUCCUGCUGUUGUGAAAGAUGUCCCGUGUCUGACGGAAAACACACAGGCUGAAUGUAGUAACAAAGAAUCUGAGUUAUCCUUCAUUUCUGCAGCUUCUCCAGCUGCUGAGCCGUCAACAAACACAAAAACCUUCCAGCCAAAAGAACCGCUCCCAUCCUCUGGUACCGAGAACCAACAGCAGUCAGAAGCAAGAAGCGCACAGCUUUCUGACCAGAAACCUGUGGAGAAUCUUGAUAGACCAGAACAAGAUAAUCCAGAGACAAGCUCAGAAACCCUAAAACCAGAAGGGUUGGGGAGUCCAGUACCGUCCACCAGCUCACACAUUUCUAGCUCUGUAGCAGAGGGGGGGUCCUCACCAGGUUUUAGCAAAACUGAGUCCAGAUGUUCUCAAGAAGAUAUAAUAAAUAAUCAAGACCUUCAAGACUGCAAGAAAUCAAGACCUUCCAGUGACAAUGCAGGCCCAAGUUUGGACAUCCAGAUGGAGGACAGCUUGCCCUGUCCAAGUCCUGAACACCAGGCUGAGGAGAUGACUUGCAUCCCACAGAGCUCAGAGAACAUCAGCUGUUCUGAAAGUUCUUCAGUGGAAGGCAGCAUCGGUGCAGAGGGCCCAUCCGAAUCUAAAGCCGAGCUCCACUCAGAGCCGAUGGAGGUCACGUCGGCGGACGACAAGCCAGAGUCGUCGUCAUCAUCGUCAUCGUCAGAAGAGUUUAGUCAAAGCUCCGUCCAGCCAGCGGCUCAGACGGACAGCAGCAACACCUCAGGAAGCUCCUCUCCACAAUCUGGAGACAGAGAGCCUGAUAUCUCAGGGGCCAAGAUUAAAGUUCGCUCUGCAGACGAAGAAGUGGACAUGCAAGUGCCCCAUCCACGCAAGAGGAAAAUGCCCAAGCUGUCAACCACCCAGACGUGCCCCACGGCUCAGCAGGAGAAGGAGACGGAUCAGCAGUCUCUGGCAGCUAUUGUGGACUCUAUAAAACUGGAGGAGAUCGAGCCCUACCAGACCGAGAGAGCCAACCCAUACUACGAGUUCCUGCACAUACGCAGAAAGAUCGAGGAGAAGCGCAAAGUGUUGUGCAGCGUUGCACCCCAACCACCACAGUAUUACGAUGAAUAUGUAACCUUCAAUGGAUCCUACCUCCUGGACGGGAACCCACUCAGCAAACUCUGUAUACCAACAAUAACUCCACCUCCAUCGUUACCCGAGCAGCUAAAAGAGAUGUUCAAGCAGCAAGAGGUGGUCCGAAUGAAACUACGACUGCAGCACAGCAUCGAAAGGGAAAAGCUGAUUGUUUCAAAUGAGCAGGAAGUUUUACGGGUCCAUUACCGGGCAGCAAGAACACUAGCCAAUCAGAGUCUGCCUUUCAGUGCCUGCACCGUGUUAUUGGAUGCAGAAGUGUACAACAUGCCUCAAGACGUCCAGAAUGAUGAUGGUAAAACGUCUGUAAGAGACCGGUUCAACGCCAGACAGUUCAUGUCCUGGUUACAAGACGUCGAUGAUAAGUUUGACAAACUGAAGACAUGUCUCCUGAUGAGGCAGCAGCACGAGGCGGCGGCUCUGAACGCCGUGCAACGUUUGGAGUGGCAGCUCAAGCUGCAGGAGCUGGACCCGGCCACCUACAAGUCCACCAGCAUCUUCGAGAUCCCCGAGUUCUACAUUCCGCUCGUGGAGGUCAACGACGACUUCGACCUGACCCCGAUAUGAGCCGCAGGACAUGCUUGCUUUGCCACAGCGGCGGGCAAAUUACCGACACGAGCGGCAGACGGCGCAUUCAAACAGGAAAGGAAAAUGUGAAGCACUUAGAAUGUGGCGCUAAAACAACAGAGCACUUAGUAAAUAGAGAUUUUUACUCCAAAGCUCUUGACAGUGAUUAGUAGGAAAACCACGGGGACGAGGAGCGAGGACUGAGCGGGAAAACCGGGGUCCAGGUCGCAGAAGACGUCCAGGGAUCAGAGACCAGGAUCUGGGCCGGGUGGAGCAGAGCACCUGUCGCUGCUGCUCAUCAAGCAGGGUCACACAACCGAAAGAUUUCAAUUGUUUUCAGAGUGUUCAUACAUUGUGUACAGACUGUGCUCUUAAUUUUUUUUUAACUUAUUUUAUACAUAAAAAAUGUGCAUUUGUAAAUAGUCAUGUAAUUAUUGUUUCAAACCUGUAAAAACAAAAAGUAAUAGAUAUUUUGAUUGUAAACUUGUUUCGUCUGAUGUUUUAAUGGACCAAAGUUUUUUUUUUUUAUAUCGAGUGUCCUCGUCCGUGAUGUUCUCGUUGUUGUUGGCUUAAACUCUUAAGCGUGUGUUGGCUUUUGUUGUGUUUUUUUCCUUUUAGCCAUUUCUUCCCUCCUCAUCUGGAGCUCCACGCCACAGCUGGUGUUUUUUGACUUUGGCAAUUAAAUGCUGUGCAUGCGUUGCAAUGUUUGUACUUUUUUUCUAAAGAGCUGUACUGUGGACUUAAUUGUGAGGUUUACUAAAGUGUUCCAGCUAUUUUAAUUUUUUUUUCCCCCUCUCCCAACAUUGUGUUACGUCUCUUUUGCAGCCUCACUCCUCAUGUGUUGUCCACCGUGUCUUGCGCACAUUAAAGUCUGUUGUGGCUUCCAAGGAAAAAAAAAAUACUUUUACAGUUUCAAUGUGAGAUCACAACAAAUCCUAUUUUUUCAACAUAAUGCCUUUUGAACGAUAGUUCUAAAAAAAUGUCUAUUUUAAUAUUUACUUGUUACAUGACUUGUACAUAUUUGUAAUAUAUAAUUGAAUAAAUUUUAUUUGUUGUGAAAUUAAA